CGGGCAUAGAAAAGUUGGACCAGAAAGAUGGUGCCAGGAGGUUGUGACUCAAGGAUGGGUCCUUUGAAUCAACAGCGACCAGCUCUGGUCGGGAGGAAUGGGAGGAGGUUUGUGCCCAGGCCCUUGGCUCCCCCACUUCAGUCUCUCUGGGGCUGGGAAGGGACCUGACCCGAAGGGAUGGAAGCAGAAACACAGGAAACCUAGAAGCCUGUGAUACCAGACCGAGCCGGGGUCCUGCAAGAGGUUUGGAGAUCAAGGCUCUUAGCUGGUGGGCCCUGGCCUGAGGUUGCCUCUGGAUCAAGGCAUGUGAGGUCUGCCAAAGGCAUGGCAAGUAGAACCCUGGCCCUGUGUGAGGUGAGGCUUGGUUGCCAGGUGACUGUCCGUGGCAGCCCCCUGCUGCCAGAAGGACGCUGCUUGCUGUUGCUCAGCCCUCAGCUGCAGCCACCCUGCCCCUUCCCUGGCUACCAUGUCGCGGCAACUCAACAUGGAUACGCUGCGGCAGAACUUCUGGAAGGAGGAAUAUCUGCGGGAGAAGAUGUUGCGCUGUGAAUGGCACUGCAAGUAUGGGUCGAUGGUGAAGGCCAAGCAGAAGGCUAAGGCUGCAGCGCGCCUACCCCUCAAACUGCCCACCCUGCACCCCAAAGCCCCACUCCCGCCUCCACCUGCCCCCAAGGCAGUGCCUACCGAGGCCCCCAGCCCUGCCGCGGAGACUCCUGUUCGGUCAGAAAUGCUGCCGGUCCCGCCUGCCACCCGGGCCCUGCUGUAUGAAGGCAUCUCCCACGACUUCCAGGGCCGCUACUGCUACCUCCACGCCCGAAAACUGCACCUGCCAGAGAUGCGCUACCUCUUCCCCAUCACCACCAGCUUCACAUACGGCUGGCAGCUGGGCCCCCCAGUGAAGCAAGAACUGGUCUCCUGUAAGAUGUGCCGCACUGAAUCGUUCUUCCGAAAGAAUGGGGCCUUCUCGCUGCUUGACCCUCAGGACCUGGCGCUCUGACGUUGGCGGGGCAGCGGACUUAGGGGAGGAAAGAAGAAAUAACACGCCUCCUGGUGGGGCUGAAGCUGCGGCGUGUGUCUGUGUGUCUGGCCUCCGAGGCCCUGAGGCAAAGUUCUGGGCCUUUCUUGGAACUACCUCUGUUCUGCCCUUGCGGGCCUGCGGGUCGCGGGCUUGCGUUUUCCUUUGAGCAUUCAGCAGUGACGCGAGGGGGCCGGGAAGGGUGAGCGCUCCUCUCCAGCCCAAGGCUCCUCGGCGCCAGGGGGCCACAGGAGCUGCUGGAAGUUCUGGGUGUUCCUGGAAGAGAGAGGCCUGUCAUCCCAGAGAAGGGGACCCACUCCCGCCCGGUCGGCCUCCCCGCCCUCCCCCCUCACCUGGCCCCGAGGGCCCGCAGCCGCCACGUCCU